AUGAGCUCCGCUCUUUUCCUUUUCCUUCUCUUGCUUCUCUUUUCAAAUACCGUUCUUUCGGAUCCAGCUUCUCUCUCUUUCAAGGACUGUUUCGAUUCCAGUCGAGGAAAUGCCUCACAAAAGGUCACCAUAUCCAAGGUGUACGGCCAGGUGUUCAAGACGUUUGAGGACGAAUCCUAUCUUAAUCUGACUAUGAUUGGGUCUACUCCUCAAGAAAUACUUGAUACCUCGGAUGAAGGCGGUAAUCUCGCAACACUUUUUACGACUACAACGGUAUUGACGCUUGGAGCAUGGUCAAAUAGUUCUCGUUUUUGCUCGACUCUUCGCCCCCCUUCCCCCCUUCCUUCGCCCAAUAAUUUAACUCAAUUAUACUGUCCCGUUCCUGCAGGACCCUUUGCUUUCUCAUCGACCAUUCCUUGGGGGAGCGCUCGUGCUUUAACCACACUCAAUACUCGUCUGAGUGCAGUGGACCCGUUCAGUCAGCAACUCAUCUGUUUGGAUGUUGAGACUACUCCUUUGGAUCCUGCUGGUGAGGAACUCUACGGAAAGGCAGUAGCUAUCUUUUGGGGUAGUGUAGGUCUCGCUAUCGCAUAUUGGAUGGUAGUGGGGAUAGCGCGGAUCGUCUCCGCUUGGAAUCGGGGAAUUACAAGACCCGAUAAAGGGUUAUGGGAAAGGGCACAAAGCGCCGGUUACAUUCUUGCUAGCGCGAUCAGCGGAGAACGUUUUGCAAUCACACCAGCGCUACUCCGGUUUUGCACUCCAUCUAUGAGAGACAUAAUGUUCCAUACUCAGUGGUGUGCUGCCUUAUCCAUGGUUGCAGUGCAGUGGCCUUCAUUUGUUUAUCCAUUACUCACUCAAACGGCUUGGGCUACCCUUACUUAUAAUGUCACCCUUACUCAAGGAGUCCCCCAUCGGUGGAAUCCACUUUCCACUUCAGUCUACAACCCGCCUUCCAAUUUCGCGGACCAGCUUUCCGACCCCCAAUCACCUCUUUUCAUCGAUCGAAAGACUCCCAACUUGCUUUUCACUCUUCCGGACAAUGCUACUACCGGAAUAACAUCCUUUGCAUAUACCGUUGGCGUCCGACCUGAGGACCUUUUCAGUAUCUGUUUGAUACUGUUCCUCUCGAUCCUAGCGGCGAUAACGGUUCUGUCGUUGGUAAUUUGGUUCAUAGAUUAUAUGGUGUGUCUUGGGAGUGGUAUCAUCAGUAAGUCCCAUCAAGGCAACGCCAUGAAACUCCCCGGCACGCGCAGUCCUGGAUUCACUAGCCGUGACAUGCUUGAUACCGUUCCAAAUCCGAAUGCAGAAGAAAGCAAGUCUCUUAAUGGACGGGAUUUACCAGGGAUAAUCCGUCCACCGUCCAGGUUCACCCUUACUGCCGCCACAACAGCUUCGGGGCCUACCCCCCGGAAAUGGUGGAAAGUAAGAGCAGAUCUCAACGGUUUUCAUGCGAGUGUCUUGCAUGGGAACCUCGUCAGGAUUCUGGUGUUGUUUCAUCUACCGGUCACCAUAUUUUCUGUAUAUGAAAUGACGUUGCCUCGGGCUACCCCAAAUGCGUCGCUGACCGGAAUCGUCCUUGCCGCUUUAUCUUUUGCCGUGUUCUCCGUCCUUGUUCCCCUCAUUCUCGUCAUCAGGGUACGCUUAACCACCACAAACAAACUCUAUGCCGAGACGCGGACACUGCUUUCAUUGGGCCCUCUCUAUAACCACUACGGACACGGCUCUCAAAUGUUCGCUAGCAUGUUUUUUGCGACCAACAUCGUCUUUGGCGUAAUUAUCGGUGCUGGUCAGAAAAGUGGAACUGCACAAGCGAUCGUUAUUCUCGUGAUCGAGGUCGCAUCAGCUCUCUUCACUAGCAUAUGGCUUCCUUGGGGAACUGGUGCUAGUAUGGGGCUUAUCAGCUUCCUGUUUUGCGUCGCAAGAAUUGUUAUUGCGGUUCUACUGGUCAUUCUAACACCCGUGAUAUCGAUUGGGUCAGGUCCGGGAGGAUGGGUUGCCUACGGGAUUCUCAUCAUCUUAGCGUUGAUCUAUCUUGCCCUCGCCCUGAUGUUGGUUGUGAAACUCAUGGAAGCUGCUGUCCGAAUUGUAGGUGGUAUCAAUUUUGAUAGAAGUAGGCAUGUUGUCGACGGUGGCCUGUUUGGGGCGUGUGGACUAUUGGGAUGUUGUGGGUCGAGGCGACAUUACCGGAGCCGCCGCAAUGACAAGUACAAGCAAAAAGCGUCUACCACAGGUGGACGAUCUCAAAGGGAUUCCGAUAUUUCAUCGUAUGCCGCUCCGACGAGGCUGGCAGCUAUGAACACGGGUGACUCUAGAAAAGGCUCCCUUAAUUCGGGUCCUCCACCGUCUGUGCUGAAGCCCGAGCACGCCUUGAGGCCGUAUAAAGAAGAAAGUGAUGAUGAGCCGGGAUUCAUUAUGGGCGCCUGGCAACCAUUUCAAAGUCAACAGAGUGGUUAUAUUCCGGUAAAGGAAACUGCUCCCCCAGCUAAAGCCUCAGGGUUUUCUCGCGUUGGCGGUGGUCGUGCUCAUAUUGAUUCUCCUUAUGCUAUCACUGGCGGGGGUGCUAACCAAUCGAACCCCACAUUCCCUUCAAUGGAACGACCCAGCCCCAUUCGCGCGACUGCACCGGAGAAUCAUAGCGCUUCUACUUUACCCAGACCCGCAGCUUUUGAUGAUGAAUCACCUCCACCUUCGGUCUCUUCAGCUUCUGCUUUUAGACAACAGCCCAACCAAGAUUCGUUGCCCCCCGGAGCAAUGGCACCCUUCCAUGUACGAACAAAGUCACAGACGGCGAUUAUCGAGGAUCCUGGUAUGCUUAUAGGAAUGAGACGACACAACGAACCUUCCACGAACACUGCUGUUGGACCUCCUGGUGGUUCUCGACCUCCAUCGCGAAGUACGAGAUUGGAUUCUGCCCCUCCUCCAACCUCAUAUCGACAUAGUGCAGCAGCGAGCGAAGAUUCUCGUUCGUCUGUUGAUCAGCCGAGGAAAAAGCCCUGGUAUAAGCUAAGACGAAAUCGCCCACACAGUAGCGAAGGAUAUAAUUCGCGUUCGCAGGAUGAGGAAAAUGUUCUUUCUGAACUGUUAGAUAUUCCUCCACCUUCGACGACUACGCCAGGCAAAUCGUUUGUUGUGAUACGCAAAAAUCAGCCCUCUCCUGGGCGUCCUCCACAAGCUCCGGGGGCUGGCGGUGGGUCGGGGUCGAGGUCUACAGGGGAGCCGUCGCCCGUUGGGACACCAACUCCCAAUACUACGAGUUUUGCGAAAGAGUAA